CCUAACCCUAGUACGUCACCUGGAGGCUGGUCGCUCGUCCACCGACCGACGGCAGCUCUGACGCCUGACUUGCCGCUACCACCGGAUAUCCAUCCAUUGCCAUCCACGCAACCGCUUCUGCCCUGCUGUUUCUUCACCGAAGAACCUCCUCGACCGACGCCGAUUGUAUAUUUGCUCGACGGCCGUUAGCCACGAUGAACGCAAUCAAACUCCAGCGAAAAUUCCCGGAUCUCAAGCAGGAAGACAUCUUCCAGCUUAUCAACAACUUCCAGAAAAUCGAUAUCGAGGACCGAGGAUAUGUUGACAAACAGACGAUCGUGAAAGCCGUGCAGGAAUCUGGAGAGAAUGCCAGCUAUGAUCAGAUCAGAGAGACCCUCAAGGACGUCGGAGUCGACGCUAGUGGAAGAGUUGAGCUGGAUGACUACGUCGAGCUUAUCUCCAAGCUGAGAUCGGGCGAGACAAAGACAAUUGGCCACAAUAAAUCCAAGAUUGUCGUUCAAGGAUCUACAACCGGUGUCACCCAUACCAUCAACGACGAAGAGAGAACCGAGUUCACCAGACACAUCAACUCAGUGCUCGCCGGCGACCCAGAUAUCGGCAGCCGUCUUCCGUUCCCCACCGACACUUUCCAGAUCUUUGACGAGUGCAAGGAUGGUUUGGUUCUCUCCAAGCUCAUCAACGACUCCGUUCCCGACACUAUCGAUGAGCGUGUGUUGAACAAGGCCAAGGCUGGCAAGCGACUUAACAACUUCACCAUGACUGAGAACGCAAACAUCGUCAUCAACUCCGCCAAGGCUAUCGGCUGUGUCGUUGUCAACGUCCACGCUGAAGAUAUCAUCGACGGUCGCGAGCAUCUUAUUCUUGGUCUUAUCUGGCAGAUCAUCAGACGUGGUUUGCUCGGAAAGAUUGAUAUAAAACUCCACCCCGAGCUGUACCGCUUGCUCGAGGAGGACGAGACUCUCGAGCAGUUCCUCCGUCUGCCCCCGGAGCAGAUCCUUCUGCGGUGGUUCAACUACCACUUGAAGGCUGCUAACUGGGACCGUCGAGUAAACAACUUCUCCAAGGACGUGUCGGAUGGUGAGAACUACACAGUUCUCCUUCACCAGCUCAAGCCUGACGUCUGCUCUCUGGCUCCUCUGCAGACCAGAGACGUUCUUCAGCGCGCCGAGCAGGUUCUCUCUAAUGCCGAGAAGAUCGAGUGCCGAAAGUACUUGACUCCUACAUCUCUUGUGGCUGGUAACCCCAAGCUCAACCUUGCGUUUGUUGCGCAUUUGUUUAACACUCACCCCGGUCUUGAGCCGUUUACCGAGGAGGAGAAGCCAGAGAUCGAGGACUUUGACGCUGAAGGUGAGCGGGAAGCUCGCGUCUUUACCUUGUGGCUCAACUCGCUUGAUGUCGAUCCCCCUGUUGUCAACUUGUUUGAGGAUGUCAAGGACGGAUAUAUUUUGUUGCAAGCUUUCGACAAGGUCAUUCCGGGAUCCGUCAACAUGCGUCACGUCAACAAGCGGCCCGCGUCUGGCGCCGAGCUGAUGCGUUUCAAGGCUGUCGAGAACACCAACUACGCGGUCGAUAUUGGCAAGCAAAACAAGUUCUCGCUCGUUGGAAUCCAGGGUGCUGAUAUCACCGACGGACAGCGCACGCUUACUCUUGGACUUGUCUGGCAGCUCAUGCGUCGUAACAUUGUCGACACUCUCAAGAGUCUAUCGAAGGGAGGCCGUGACCUUACUGAUUCCGAUAUUCUCAGAUGGGCCCAGGACACAGCCAAGAAGGGCGGCAAGUCGUCUACCGUCCGAUCGCUUAAGGAUCCUUCGAUCGCGUCUGGAAUCUUCUUGCUCGAUGUUCUUCACGGCCUGAAGCCUGGCUAUGUCGACUAUGAUCUCGUGACACCCGGCCGGACCGAUGAGGAGAAAUACCUGAACGCCAAGCUCGCUAUUUCGAUCGCCAGAAAGCUCGGAGCUUUGAUCUGGCUUGUGCCGGAAGAUAUCUGCGAAGUCAGAAGCAGACUUAUCUUGACCUUCAUUGGCAGUUUGAUGAGUUUACACUACGGCGGUAUCUAGAUUCGGAGUGGGUGGAGCGCGAUCGAUGUAGGCCGAGAGUCGAGGCAUGUGUAUGAGAGGUGAGGUUGUUCAAACAGUCAGGUCAUUUUGUUUCCAUAUCUCUGUUGCGUGCUUGUUUGUUCGUUUGAUUUUUCUGCGUAGAGUUUUAGUUGUUUGCUUAGUUUGCAGGAUGACAUAGGUAGCUGUAGCCUCUUUUGUUAUCUUCUCUUCUUUAUA